AUGGCAGGCUUUGAAUUUGUUUGCGAGAAACAAUUUCGGUAUAUCAACUUCCACCUCCCGUCGGGCGUCCUUCUAGAGGAUCAAUUCUUCCCGGCCGGCGCGAGCUUCAAGGCCUCCGGCGUGUUGUUCGGGAAAGACGCAACUGUGAACGCACAGGUUGGACAGACAAUCGACCUCAAGGCCAGCAUGGAUGGCCUCUCGCUUGGACCCCUCUCCAUCAAGGGGGCCUCGGGUCCGAGCCCGUCGCGGCAGGUCCAGAUCAGUCCCACCACUUAG